GGAGUCCGGAGCUCCUGGCCAGGCCGGUAGGGGCCCGGGACGCGCUGCAGAUUGCUUGCCAGUGGCUCUGGGAGCCGACGGCAGGACCCGAUCCCGUGGCUGGGAAGCGCUAUGGAGGGGAGCCCCAUUCCAGUGCUGACCGUGCCCACUGCGCCCUACGAGGACCAGCGGCCGGCGGGCGGCGGGGGGCUGCGGCGGCCCACGGGCCUCUUCGAGGGCCAGCGAAACUACCUGCCCAACUUCAUCCAGAGCGUGCUGUCGUCCAUCGACCUGCGCGACCGCCAAGGCUGCACCAUGGUGGUGGGCAGCGACGGCAGGUACUUCAGCAGGACGGCCACCGAGAUCGUGGUGCAGAUGGCUGCGGCCAACGGGAUUGGACGACUGAUAAUUGGACAGAAUGGCAUCUUAUCCACACCUGCGGUUUCCUGUAUUAUUAGGAAGAUCAAGGCGGCUGGUGGAAUCAUCCUGACUGCCAGCCAUUGUCCUGGAGGACCAGGGGGAGAGUUUGGAGUGAAGUUCAAUGUUGCCAAUGGAGGCCCUGCCCCAGAUGUUGUUUCGGAUAAAAUCUACCAGAUCAGCAAAACCAUUGAAGAAUACGCUAUAUGUCCUGAUCUUCGGAUUGACCUUUCUCGACUAGGAAGACAAGAAUUUGACUUGGAGAACAAGUUCAAGCCAUUCAGAGUGGAGAUUGUGGACCCUGUGGAUAUAUAUCUCAAUCUGCUUCGGACCAUUUUUGACUUUAAUGCCAUUAAGAGUUUGUUGACUGGGCCCAGCCAGCUGAAGAUCCGCAUUGAUGCGAUGCAUGGAGUUAUGGGCCCUUAUGUGAGAAAAGUUCUUUGUGAUGAGCUGGGAGCCCCAGCCAAUUCUGCAAUAAACUGUGUCCCUCUAGAAGAUUUUGGGGGGCAGCAUCCUGACCCAAAUCUGACAUAUGCAACCACUCUGCUGGAAGCCAUGAAAGGAGGAGAAUAUGGGUUUGGAGCUGCAUUUGAUGCUGAUGGGGACCGCUACAUGAUCCUAGGCCAAAAUGGCUUCUUUGUGAGUCCUUCUGACUCCCUGGCCAUCAUUGCUGCCAAUCUCUCUUGCAUUCCGUAUUUCCGCCAGAUGGGGGUUCGAGGGUUUGGGAGAAGUAUGCCCACCAGCACAGCCCUGGACAGAGUGGCCAAAUCCAUGAAGGUCCCUGUGUAUGAGACCCCAGCUGGAUGGAGAUUCUUCUCAAAUCUGAUGGACUCGGGGCGAUGCUCUCUGUGCGGAGAGGAGAGUUUUGGCACUGGCUCUGAUCACCUCCGAGAGAAAGAUGGCCUCUGGGCCGUUUUGGUUUGGCUAUCCAUUAUUGCUGCCCGGAAGCAGAGUGUGGAGGAAAUUGUCCGAGAUCACUGGGCCAAAUAUGGCCGUCACUAUUACUGCAGGUUUGACUAUGAGGGACUGGAGCCCAAGGCGACGUAUUACAUUAUGAGGGACCUGGAGGCUCUGGUCACAGACAAGUCCUUCGUAGGCCAGCAGUUUGCAGUGGGGAGCCACAUCUACAGUGUGGCAAAGACAGACAGCUUUGAAUACGUGGACCCUGUGGAUGGCACCGUGACCAAGAAACAGGGUUUAAGGAUCAUUUUCUCUGAUGCAUCAAGACUCAUCUUUCGGCUCAGUUCCUCCAGCGGUGUGCGGGCCACCAUCAGACUCUAUGCAGAGAGCUACGAAAGGGACCCGAGUGGCCAUGACCAGGAACCUCAGGCAGUGCUGAGCCCUCUCAUAGCCAUUGCACUGAAAAUAUCCCAAAUUCAUGAGAGAACCGGUCGCAGGGGACCCACUGUCAUCACCUGAACUGAGAAGAAAAGAUCUCCCACCAGCCACCAGCGCCUGAGAGUGCUCAGCAGGAGAUGCCUCCCCAGGCCUUCUUGCUACCUGUUGUGCCUCUUAUGCCUUGGAAAAACAAAAGUUCUUUUGCUGUUGGGGGUAAAGGGUGGGUGGAAAAACAGAAAAAAAAAAAAAAAGGUCUGUUUUAUUUUUGUUUGUUCAGUUCCUCUAAAUGCCUCCUCCUUUAGUUUUCUUUGAAUCUACACUCUCAUUGGAUAUCUAUGUGUAUUUUAUCACACUGAGGGGGUCUUCCUUUUGGAGAAAAAAAAGUAAACGAGCUAGGCAGCUGUCAAUCACAGUCUUUGUGUGACAAUGCAUUGUGAGCACAGGUUCCACAUGAAACACACACACACACACACACACACACACACACACACACACACACACACACACACAUGGAAGAGGGCCAGCUUUCUGUUCUAAGUCAAGUCUAAUAUUGGACAAGGUUUUAGAUCUCAUGGCCUGCCUCAUUGCCAGCAGCCACCCAUGACCAACAUCCCCCAAUCUACCUUCACUCUCAUCUUCUAAAGGUUUCUACUAAUCACAAUGGCAUACUUCCAAUGAGACAUAUCAAAGGAUGUUUCUCUCUCAUACAGUAUAGGUGGUAUUACUUUACCUCCUAAAGCUACCUUUGUCCCUUCAAAUAUAGCCAUUUACUGUGUAGCUAGGGAGGAGACUGUGGAAGAGACUAAAUGAAUGCUUACAUAGGUAGCAGUGGGGAGGGGGGGGGGUUCCAUGAUUACAUCUCACACAGGUUUGUAUAAAUUCUUCUUGAGAAGACAAAAACACAUGUGUGCACUAGUUCUGACAUCUCCACUGAGGCCUAUUUGCAUGCUCUUGUUUGGAUAUAGUUCUCAUCUUACUUGCAAUGCCUAAAGAGGAAGAGUUGAAAUGCUGUGAAAGUAGGAAGUCAAGUGGUGCCAGAAGGAAUUAUAAGAGAGAAUAGAUGGAUUGAGUGGGAAGGAAAUAUUAUGGAAGAGUAUGGCCUGAUGAGAAGAGGCAGAGGGCUAUAUUGGCUUUCUUUGCCUAGGGAAAAAAAAGGAUCUUUCAGCUCCAGUAAGCUCCUCUGUGCUCCUCUGUACUGGGGCAAAAACUAGAUCAUGUGAUGUGUUUGCAUAUGUUUUGCUUCCUUGGGAACAGCACGCUCACCAUGUCAUCUGUGGAGAUGACCUACUGCACUUUGACUGUUAAGCAAUGCCUUAUUGCUGUAGUCAAGGUGAACACAAGCAAGGCAACAUUCCCAGCAAGGUAUUUGUUUCUAUUUUCUGUCUGUGCUCUGUCAAGAACGUGUUAGGACAUUUUAGCAGCAAUAAAAAAAAGAAACUCUUGUUUUUGCCUUAUUCAAGAAUUGUGGGUUUCAGCUCAUUUCAUUUUGUUUCACCACUUGAUUGACUUUCAUUAGUGGCCAAUUGUACUGAAAAAUCUGCCUUUCAGAAUACUUUCAAGGACUGUUAUUCAUUAUGAUGACCUGGGAAAUGUAUCGAAUACAUGGAAACAAGAAAGGUGAAUUGCUCAGAAUUGCCUUUGGGGGUCAGCAAAAUUUAAAGUGGCAUCUAGUCUUUAUUGUAAAACAGUCUUUAUUUCAUAAUAAUAGGAAGCUGGCCUUGAAUUGAGAUUAUAAAGGGGAUGUAUUCAGUGAAAUAAAAUUUGCUUUAUAGCUUGCUUCUGGUGAUCUCUCAAGUAAAAGAUGCUGAUAUU